AUGGUUGACGUCUCGUCGGCCGCCAUUCUCGGCUACUUGGCCCCCGUCUGCAUUGCCUUCUUCGUUUUUGUUGCUUGGUAUGUCAGACGCCGCGAGCGUACCCGUAACCUGCACAGCAACGAUGCCGAGACUGCCCCCAUGGGGUCCAGUCGGGCCGUGAUCUCCAGCCGUGACGUGGAGAGACGCUUCCCCCAGAUGAAGUAUAGCGACUGGCUCAGUUCUAGGACCAGGUGCAUGCCCGCCAAGGAUGCCACCGAGGCGAGGGUUUCUUCCGUCGCUGCUGAUACUACCUCUGUCGAUGCUAAUGAAAUCGCCCCGGUCAACGACGCUCCGCGCUCUGAGGAAAUGCCUACAGAUACGCCUCGUCAGGUCCCUGGUUGCGAUGGGCCAGCCCCUACUGCUUUUGACAUUAUGCACGCAGCCCCCGGUACAGGAGAGAGCUUCGACAGGGCAGAUUCCAGCAGAGAGUGCGUUAUCUGCAUGGAUGAGUUUCACGGGCCAGACUUCAUUCGUCCUCUGACGUGUGGUCAUAUUUUUCACGUGUCCUGCCUAGAUCCCUGGCUAACCCGCCGCCACGCAUGCUGCCCCUUGUGCAAGACAGACUACUGUAACGCAAGGGCUUCACGCACCGGGUGGCUCCGUUCCGGGUCUGGCCCAGCUGUUCCGCAGGCAGUUCUGAUCCGUACCGACCUCCUUCCGCGUCUCUGA